AUGUGGGGAUUCUUUGGAGGCGCGAAGAAACAGGAUCCCAAGGACACCAUCAUCUCCUUGCGGCAGCAGAUCAUUGUGUUGAACAAGAAAAACGACAACCUCAUUGUGCAGAUCCAGGAGCAGGAGAACUUGGCCCGCAAACAUGUCACCACCAACAAGCUGAUGGCCAAAAAUGCGCUCAAGAAGAAGAAGAACCUGGAGAAGCAGCAGGAGACGGUGCAGGGCUCCAUAGACUCGCUGCAGACGUCUAUCAACACUCUGGAGACCGCCAACCUCAACUUGGAGACUAUGAAGGCCAUGCAGGAGGGAGCCAAGGCCAUGAAGCAGAUUCACGGCAACAUGAACAUUGACAAGGUGGACAAGAUCAUGGACGAGACUCGUGACCAGGUGGCGUUGUCCGAGGAGGUUUCCGAAGCCAUUUCCAGACCUUAUGCCAAUGCCUACGACGACGAGGAGCUGGAGGACGAGCUGGAGGCCCUGGAACAGGAGACUUUGGAGGGCGAGCUUACUAACGCUGGUCAUGUUAAGCAGGAUGGCGUCCAGGUGACCCCUCAUGACCUGCCUGCGGCUCCUAACCAGGUGCCUGCUGAGGAGGAGGAUGAUGAGGAGGAGGAGCUGAGACGGUUGCAGAGAGAGAUGGCUUUGUAA